AUUCUAUCUGUAAUUCUUAGAAGCUGCAGCCCCUGUAAGAGCCCUAGCUUACAAGAAAAAAAAUAGAAAGUUGACAAACGAAUUUGUUGGUUAAAUGCUGUUUUGGCAUUUUGUGGGGAAGUCACAAAGUGUGCUGUUUUUAUCCUGGACAACCACGAAGACCACACUAGCACAAAAUACCACUGUAAGUCCCAACAACACAUGCUUGCCAGGGAACACCAACAACAACAACCUCAAAUUAUAUGGCCUUAGUGGAACGUUUGAGAGUCCAAGAGAUCCUUAUAACUCCCAAUUUUAUCCAGGGAUGAGCUGUGAUUGGCUCAUUACUGUACCAGAAGGGAGCAUUGUAAAACUCAGCUUCGAACUAUUUGAUAUGGAUUUUUUGGCGACAGGUUCUCCUUUAUGGUAUUGCAGUGGUGAUUAUGUAGAGGUACUUAAGGGGAACAAAAGUGACAGUGGAAGCAGAGGAAAAUUGUGUGGUCUUACAAAUCCAGGGAUUAUCCGCUCGAGUGGUCGGUACAUGCUAGUGCGUUUCAGAUCAGAUUUCUUCUCCACCCCGUAUCAAUAUUACAAAGGAUUUAAUGCUACUUUCACAGCAGAGAAUAAACUAAUUUGUCCUUACAACGGUGAAGCACUUACUGCUUCUGUAUCACAUCAGAAGACACUGACGAAUCCAGGCUAUCCUUUGGCUCCUGUCAGUUUGUUACCAUCGAGGUGCAGGUGGAUACUUGAAGUACCGGAUGAACUUUCCACUGAUGGAGCAUACAUAUUGAAAGUUACAUUUAAUGACUUCAAUCUGCAAGAAUAUUAUGAUAAACUCACAUUUCAUGAUGGUAUCAGCUCAGCAUCAAAGCGUCUCGGAAAAUCAUAUACCGGAAGAGUCCAUCCUGAUGUUCUUUAUUCUACUGGACGCCACCUAUUUGUUGAUUUUUCUGUGGAAGGAAAACCUUUAGCGGGCGUAGGCGGUUUUAGUUUAAACUUUUCAGCCGUGGUCAGAGAGGAAGCCUUAGGAGUAUGCCAAUCGCUAGACGGGAAUGCCAAGCGUAAUCGCCUCACUGGUUCCUCUGGUUCGCUCUUUUCCCCUUUCUACCCUGUUCCUUAUCCGACUAAUUCCAGUUGCAUUUGGGUGAUUUCCGUUCCUGCUAACAAAAGAGUAAAGCUGAUAUUUGAUAAGAUUGAAAUUGAUCGGAAGGACCACGUACAAAUACUUGAUGGGCGAAAGUCGUGGAGUAAAGAGCUAGCUGUUUACCAUGGUUACAACUUGUUUAGUACUGGGUCAGCGGUGUACUCGACUCGGAAGUACAUGCGGAUACAGUUUCAUUCCUAUCAGGGCUCCUCGGAUUAUGCUGGAUUUAAAGCACAUUUUGAGGCUGUGGAUCCGCCUGUAAGUUCCGAGCAGACAUGUUUUCCGGGCAACAUUUACAACAACAAUCUGAAAUUAUCCGGUUACAAUGGAACUCUUCAAAGCCCAACAGGUGGCGAAGGGUAUCUCUCUCACUCUAGCUGUAACUGGCUCAUUGCUGUCCCAGAAGGGUACUAUGCAAAACUCAGCUUUGACACCUUUCAAUUGGUUCAAACUGACAUGUCAGGAAGAUGUGAUGCAGAUUAUGUAGAAGUUGUAGAUGGGGAAGACAUCUAUGGUGACAGCGAAGGGAAAAUGUGCGGUUCCAAUGCACCAAAGGAAAUCUCCUCUACCGGUCGGUACAUGAGGGUGCUUUUUAGGUCUGGUCCAAUCAGAUCAUCUUUCAGGGGAUUGAAAGCAACAUUUACAGCGCUUCAUGACCCACCGAAAACUAAAGCUGUAAAUUCCUACGAGUUAUGUUACCCGGGAAACGUCCACAACUAUGAUUUGAGAUUGACCGGUUCAGAAGGGAUUCUAGAGAGUCCUUUGACCCACUACCCACCGAGUUUAUUUUGUGAAUGGCUCAUCACUGUACCCGAAGAACAUAGUAUUGAACUCAGUUUCGAGAGAUUUCAGUUGGAUCCUGAAGGCUGCAGAGAUUAUGUGGAAGUUGGAGAUGGAUUGCCCUUCUCUGACAAAUCUUUGGGAAGAUAUUGUGGAACUACGAUUCCCAAAGCCGUUAGUUCAAGUCACCGUAAUCGGUAUAUGUGGGUUCAGUUCUACUCUGACGCGGAUUAUGUAGGCAGAAAACCACACAGUGGAUUUAAAGCCACCUUCAAGGCCAUAUCAAGUUCAGAGUCACGUACGUUGGUGACAGCCGUUAUUGUAAGUGUAAUAUUGUUUGUUGCACUGAUUUGCCUUCUCGUUUGUUUGGCGAAACGAAGUAAAAGAAGAAACCGAGAAGCAGCGGAGAGAAUUCGAAUGGCUCCAGUAUCACGCCGUACUCAGUCCGAACCUUUUGACACCACAACACCUCCAGUAGAUUACGUUCCCAACGAAGCCCCAACGAACGCAGACAUACCACCCCCAGAUUACCCAUACCCACUAGAAUCGCCACCACCCUACCCCGGUAAGGGACAGAUUCCACAGUUUCCACCUCCGGGACAGUCGUAUCCAUGGUUACAAAGUGCGUCGGCUGAAGAAUCAGCUAUCCAUGAGAAUGAGAAUUCGUGACGUUCUUUUGACGAUUUUAUUGCGGGAUUGUAGUCGUUAGAUAAGUUCAAGUUUCAAUAUGCGAUUGUGGAGACGAACGAGACACAAGCGUGCUGUACUGUCUAUUCAGAGUCAGCCGGGCAGAGAAGCUUACUGACCUUUUCGGUCUGUUUAGCUUUCUCAUGCUUGUAUUCAUUUCCUUCCUGUUCUCACGCCACGUUUCUUGGGCUGAUGCUUAAGGAAAAGUAAAACACAAAUACAUCUUACUCUUCAUAUCGGAUAAUUAUCAUCAUCUAGCUGUUAUGGGUGUUUUCAUACCUCGUUGGAGCAAUCUGCGCAGACUGUCAUCUCAGACGUGGCCCAUCCUUUGAAUUUUUCCGACAACCUGGUUGGCGAAUUACAACCGCCAAAUGUGACUAAAGAGUUGGUUUGUGAAGGUAUAUCAUUCAAUUACAGAAAUCGUAAGGGGGACUAUGAUUACAAUGACUUAUGGAAGAAGAAAAGCGACGCUUACCAAACGGAUGAAGAGAAAAUAGUUUGUUGUUGAAGUGAAAUGGCAACGAAGUCUACAGAAUUUAUUUUUAAUUGGAGCAAUCAUAGCCGGAAUACAAUUCAUUUAACUCAAAUUUGAAUGAAAUCAAAAGAAUUAUCAUCGACAUAGUUUUGCUAAUUUAUCAAUGACUUUCUUUGAUUUCUCUUUUAGUGGAUUAUUUGAAUAGCUGAACAUACGCUAGACAAGUGUGGCGAUAUGAAAAGCCUUAAACUCACCUUCCAUUUGGCCCUCUUCUGUUCCCUAAGUUAAGGUGUGACAGGGUUUUUACGGAAUACAAAGAGAUUGUGUCAUUGAGCUAUUCUUAGUCACGUAACUUGAUUUAGUUAUUCUUGAUGCAUUUUUUUCUCUUUAGUCCUUGCUUACACAGGUAGUAGAGGCUUGAACUGUGCUUUAGAGGUAAAGAGAAAAACAAGAAGUUGUAACCUCCAGCUUCAUUCACUGUUUCCAAAUAUUCAGGUAUAAUUAGUUCCUUACUUGGAAAAAGACCAUUUUCUUAUUUAUACACAUUAACUUCAAACCUUUCCUCUUACUUUAUCAAUGAUGUGAAACAUAAUGUAUUGGUAGAAGUUUCUUUGAUGUAAACUUGGUAGUAAAAACUAUCGAUACAAAGGAACGACGUUCAACCUGUCAGAUCUCGUUUUCAGGUUCUGUUAAAAGAUAAUAAGUUAUAAAGAAUUGUCAAGAGAAUAUGAUGUUUUAAAAACGGAUGAGAACGCAAAAAGCACGAAGGCGUGGGAAAAUUACAUAACAGUCCAUUUUAUGGUUGGGUGUGUGGUUGCCAAGCCUUUGGACGAGAGUGAGGCUAAGGGUGACCUUGUUAUGAUACAAACUUGCAGCUUUUCAAAUGUAGAUGACAUUAUCGUGCUUACUAGAUACUGGUCCCUAUCACAACAAGGUCACCUUCAGCCUCACUCCAAAUCAAAGGCUGGGCAACUAAGUACACAACUGUAAAAUGGCCUAUUACAAGCCACCAAAAUAUUUGAGGUGAAAGAAUAGUAAAAAAAUAGCUUCGAGGGGUUUGAGUCGCACUGUCUGUUUAACAGUGGUUUCAGUUCCUUGACAAAGAGCAUUUCAAAAAUAAGACAAUCAAGUUUGUUCUGGCACUUUCUUGAUAUAUUAAAACUUCGCAUGAUAUUUCCCGGUUCCAUGUCAUGCCCCUUUCUGAGAUGAUCUCCGAUCGCCGAUCCUUUGAGGACUGAAACCACAGCUAAACAAACAGUGUUACUCAAUCCGUGCGAAGUUAUUAUUUAAGACUAUUCUUUUAACUUAAGGGCCGGUCUUGCCCAAACCGCGGUUUUAUGCAAACAGUGGGUCUUACGUAUUCUCAAGAAGGAGGUUGUUUUCAUGAGAAAAAUCCCCUUCCGUUGCUAGCUUUCGGCCCUCUUGAAACUGGUUACUAAAUGAAUUUUCAGCCGAGAUAAAAGAUUCAGCCAACUUUAAGAUAGUUUAGAUCGCAGUUUUGAAAAACAAUGGCUUAACUUUGUUUAAAUAACCGGCCCAAAGAUUUCGAUUGUUUGUAAUUAUACAAUUUUAACAUAUCAUUAUGCUUGUUAUAGUCUCAUUCGUUUUUAAACUCUUUUAUUUGUAUGCUGAUUUUUUAUGAUUCUUACAUUUUACUCCUAAGUUUCACAUAAUAGAAGGGGAUUGUCAUCUCUGUUGUAAUUGAAAGACUAGAAAAAAAUGUAGGUUCAAUAUAAACUAAAAUCAAGAAAUCGCCAAACGUUUCUCUUUGAAAUAUAUUCGCUUCCCUUUUG